GUUUUAUACCCACAAAAGCAUUAUUUUGGUCCGUGUAUUUAUUUACGUCUCUUUGUUGAGGUCACUUGGCCGUUGCUUGGCAACGGAUAUUGGCCAGCUAUUACGAAGAAUUGAUCAAUAGAAACAGCGACGAUGCCACGAAACCAAAAUUAUACGGCCAUUAAAACUUAAUAUGAACGACCUUGAACCAACUCAAAUCUAAUGAAUCAGGAGGAGGGAUGGACAGAAUACAAGUUGCGGAUGCUCAUAACAAACUACGCGAGCGAGCGGCCGUCGAAAGUCUUCUCUCGUGCAGUGACGACUUCAAGGAAGAUGACUUCGAGAGUUUCGUUGUCACCUCAAAUUGGGAGGAGGUCGCUCGCGGCUGGCGCAACACAGAACCGAAUGCAUUCUUUUUGUCUUCAAGUGAAAAGCGUAAAAAGACAAAAGACAAACCAAGGAACAGUCCUCCGAUUCUAGAACACGAUUCCCAACUGGCUAAAGUAAAGAAACUUGCGUCUCUAAUUACUAAUUCGAACACUUUGAACGAAUCGAAUUCGAAACACGGACAUGUGAAAGUGCCAUCGUUAGCGAAAUUUCAAAAUACUGGUGUGUUAUCAUACGACGUGCCUUGCUGGAGAUAUAUUGUGGACCCAAAACGGUACAUAUACGUUAAAAGACCUAGCGUACAACAACUAAGAAUACUAACCGACCGAAGAACGAAUGCUACUCAAACGAUCCUGUUGGACAGUGGCGGGAUGAUCACAUGCCAGGAGGCAAAUGGUGGAAUCGUGCUACUGGACCCCGCUCUUUCCUUUGAUAAACAUUUGGUGGAAACCUUAGAUGUCCGAGAAGAGUUUAGGCAGAGAUCGGGCAACCGUGUGCCUUGUAAAUUUGAGUUUUCUUCGGUUACACAAAUCCAAAGAGAGGACAAUAAAAUCAAGGUUGUCCAUACUUUGUCCGCUAGACCGGAACUAUCCCAUUGCUCUGGGGUGUGCAAUAUGUGUCGACAUAGAACGCAGGAAUGUAAAAGCGAUGAUAACAAAAGCUUGAAUGGUAGUAACAGUCGGACAGAACUAAAGCCACUACAGAAAAUUACGCCCACUCAAAGAAGAGCAGCGGAUGAUAGCUUCACCGUCGGGAAAUUAAUUAUGCAACAAUCCAAAUCCAAAGAGCACAUUCCUAAAUCGGACGCCUCUUCUUCCAGUUGUAAAGAAAGUAAAUCAAAGAAAGACUCUAAAUCAUCACCUACUCAUAAGGCCGAGCCAAAACUCGACUGGUUACCAAUAACACGGAACACCAUUGCUUAUCCAGCCUAUGUCCAAACCAUGGCUGGCUUUGAUCGAAUCAGCCAUGCGCGCCUGCCAGAUAGAACAUUACCAACAGCAGCCAAACCUGUGUCUUUUCCAGGCCAUAAGACAAAAGCCAGGAAGUUAACACUGAGUGAAGCAGCCAACCUUGUCCCAAAGACAUCAAUAAUUGGGGAUGCUAUCAACAGAUUAAGUAAGAAACUUGAACAGACUAAGGAGAAGCCGCUGAGUAUUAGUGAGCCACUACUACCAUCUGUGUCUGGAACAAAACUGGAAGUGACUGCCUCUGGGAUCUGUGAUACCUGAUGAGUAUUUAAACUUGAACAGCGCCCCCAAAUCUAGAGCAAGGAAAUGCCAGCAUCACAUUCCUACCACCCAAGUUUGAAAUCUUGCAGACUUGAUUAAUUAAAAUGGAAAAAGAGCAUACAUACAGCCAAAUUUGUUACACCUACGGUGUAUAUGUGCAGUUCAUAUUGAGCAGUUAGUACAGAAAGAUUAGCUGUACUCUCAUAAAUACACAUUGUAGUAAUCAGCAAGCAACCUUUCUCUUCAUAUAAAGACUCUAGCUUGUUAUUUUUACAGUUCUUCUGGGGGUAAUUUUGUUUUCUUUCCUUUCUGUGUGUGUUCUUAAUGAUAUAACUCAUCAUUGUUCAUUUGAUGACAGUUUUUUUAGCUAAGAGGCAAUUUGGCAAUUCACCCGAAGACUACUAGAAACCAAACAGCUUGAGUUUGGGGUUUUUAAAAGGUUUUCAAAAUACAAUUGUUUCCUGGUCCUAAAGUUGCUAUUUUAAAAAUCCAGUGACAAAUUGUCUCCUAGCAGUCUCCUAGUAAUGACUGACAAAAGUAUUAUUUCAGCAUUGCUAAAGGCACAUUGAUAUUUUAAUCUUCUUUAAAGGUGAUAUUGAUGUAUCAUCACUGGAACAUAUUUUUAAAAAAAUGGUUUGGCAUAGCUUGCAAAUAGCAAUUAUAAUAUAGAGAAAUACAAUUGUAAUUAAUUAUUGUGUAUUAUAUUUUUGUAUCCAUACAGAACACACACAAAAUUAUUAGGAAAUUUUGGAUGGAUAACACAAUAUCAUAUAAAUGUUGCAAUGUAGACAGAAGAAUUUUCUUUCCUGUAUUUGGUGCUAUUGAUCAAUGUGUCUUGUUCUCUGAGAUUAUUUUGGCUAAGAUAUAAAUAUUUUUAUAAUUAAAUUAAUAUGACCAAAAGCAUAAGGUAAUUUUGUGUUUAGUUUAGAGAAGUGUACAGUAGCUAUUUAUUUUUGGUUUUGAAAUAAAAUAGUAUUUGGUUGA